AGUCCUCACCUGGAACAGCAUUUGAAGAUGGUCAAGUCAGUGUUGUCAGUGAUCGUGGUCCUGGUGGCCGUGUCCUCCGCCUUUGGAGAGCAAUACAUCCCCAAGUCUGGCAAGAGGAUUCCUCAGACGCUGUCCAGAGGUUGGGGUGAUCAGCUGAUCUGGGCUCAGACCUAUGAGGAAGGCCUCCACUAUGCCAGAACCAAGAACAAGCCUCUGAUGGUUAUUUUCCACCGUGAGGACUGCCCACACAGCAAGAAACUGAAGAAAGUUUUCGCCGAGGACUAUGACAUUCAGAAGAUUCUUGACGAAGACUUCAUUAUUCUCAACCUGAUGUUUGAAACCACGGACCCCAAUCUGUCUCAAGAUGGACAGUAUGUCCCCAGGAUCUUCUUUGUCGACCCGUCCAUGACGGUGAGGGCUGACAUCAGCGGACGCUACAGUAACCGAUUAUAUGCCUACGAACCAAAGGACAUGAGACUGUUGUUCACCAACAUGCAGAAGGCCAAGAAGCUGUUCAAGUCUGAGCUGUGAGCACAGACGCACGACUCAUCAUCACCUUCAUCACCACACGUGCCAAUAUGACGCUGACACUACAGUUUACACACACAGAGAACUACGCACUGUUUCCUUCUUCAAGCUCAUGUUUGUUUCUGAUCUUUUGUUAUUCAUGAUGGACACACCCACAAUGUCUUUUAAAUAGAUAAAUAAAUAAAUAUGGAAUAUUUAAAAAACGGA